AUUUGGAUCUGCAUUGCCCACAUAAGGGCCAGGCAAGUGUGGUGCCCCCCCCCCCAAUACCAGUGCUGGCGGGGUGGAGACAGAGAUCCCUGAGGCAAGCAGACCAGUGAAGCUAGAUUAGUCCAAGAGCUCUGGGUUCAAGUGAGAGACCUUGCCUCAAAAUACAUGGUAAAGAGUAACUGCACAAGAGACACAACGUCAGCCUCCGGCCUUCACACACAUAUGUACACAUAUGCACACACGUGUGAACACAGAUACAAGCCAAGACAAACGCUAUCCAUUAUUAACUCCCUUGAUUUCAUUGCGAUCUACCAAAAUCUCCCUUGUUUCUUCUCUAAUUUUAUUAAUUUAGGAUUUCUCUUUGUCUUAUAAUUACAUUGGCUAGCAUUUUGUCUACCUCAUUACUUUUCACCUCUUUGAGUGAGUAUAGUAUGGUUAUUUUAGUCUCUUUUAGUCUCUGCUUUAUUAAUUCAGGAGCGUUUCUAGAAGAUCAUACAAGUUGGUUUCAAUCCAUGGUUCAACAAACACAUAUUAUUAAGCGUACCAUGGUGCUCCACCACGCCUGGCUAAGACACCUAAUGUUCAACAACGUUGUUAAAAGCCUGCACUGGAGACCGUCAUAGUGAUGCAUAGUUUUAAUCCUCGCACUCUGGGGGAAGAGGCAGGUUAUUCUCCAUGAGUCUGAAGUCAACUUGGUCUACAUAGUAAGUUUCAGGUCAGCCAAACCUACUAGUGAGACAUUGUCUCAAAAACUAAGCAAAAUAAACAAACAGACAAAACACACACACACACACACACACACACAUCGGAGAAAGACAGUCUCUUCAACAAUUGAUGUAGGGAAAACUGGAUAUCCACAUGUAGAAAAAUGAAACUAGACCCAUAUUUGCUACCUUACACACAAAAAAAAUUCAAAAUGCCUCAAAGAUCCAAAGGCAAGGCCAGACCUUCAGACUGCUAGAGGAAAACAUGAAAGACACUUCAAGACACAAACAUAGAAAAGGGUUCCAGCAGUGCAGGAAUAAUCUCGAGAACCAACAUCUGGGAUUUCAUGACAACAAACCCCGCUCCCCUGACGAAAAAAAAGCAAGCACCAUAGUAAAGGGAAGCAUUGGAGAGCCAAAUCACUAAUCUACUAACUGAGCAAGUGCAUUGACCAGAUGGCUCUCAGCCGAAGGAACAUAAAUAGCCAAUAAAGGAAGGGCUCAGCGUCCGUAGGCAUUAGGAACACAAACUGGAACUGUGUUAAGAUUCAGCCCACUCUAGGAAGACUGUAAUCGAGGCACCGAAUGGCAACAAACGCCGGCAAGGAUGUGGAGAAGAGUCUUCGUUCUCAUCUGCGGGUGCAAACUCGUGCAGCCACGGUGGAAAUGAGAAUGGAGCUGAUCUGCAGGUGCAAACUCGUGCAGCCACGGUGGAGAUGAGAAUGGAGCUGGAGCAAAAGGCUGAAAACAGAGCUGCCAGGUGCCCCGUUACUCACUUCACAUUAUAUUUGAAUUGUAUGUUCAAACUGAGUCAAAUAUAAUGAGGCAUAUGCAAAUGACAUGAGGCCCAUUAAAUGAGGGCUGUCCAGAGGGCUCAGCUAGGAAGCAGGUGCUGCCUGAGCUUGGGAAUCUGAGUUCAAGAAGGAGAGAACUGACUCCACAAAGCUGUCCUGUGAUCUUCACAUAUGCACCUUCUCCCCCAACGCAUCAUACACACAUGAAUGCACAGCAAUAACAAUACAGAAUUAAAAAGACAGGUAAGUUCCAGGAUACAGCCUAAUGGCAGAGCACCUCUAUUUUUUUUAUUUUAUUCUUCUUUCAUAUAUUAUGUCCUGACCAGUUUCCCCUCCUUUCCAUCGCAUCAGUAGGAGGAAGAGGGUCCCACAAGCUGGCAAAAGAGUCAGCGACAGCCCUCAUUCCCACUGUUAGGAUUUCCAUAUGAACACCGAGCUGCCCAGCCAUAACAUAUGUGCAGAAGACCUAGCUCAGGUCCCUAUGGGCUCCCUGAUUGCAGCGAGUCCCCACAGGUUGAUCCUGAGGGCCUGUUCUCAUGGUUCCUUGACCUCUAAGAGCAUGUGAGGUCCUGGGUUUGGUCCCCCAGCACUACAAGACAAAAAUGUAAGUAGAAACAGGAAAGUAAACUACAACAAAAAGACAAUCCUGGCUGUCCUGGAACCCACUCUGUAGACCGGGCUGGCCUCGAACUCAGGGCUCUGUCUGCCCCCACCUCCUGAGUGCUGGGAGGCCUGCUUUUUCCUAAGGGAGGUAGAGGGUGUAUGAAGCUAGAGGAGAGGAGAGAGAAGGUGGAAGGCUGAGGGGGGAGGAAAGGAAGGGGAAAUUGUGGUCAAGGUGUAACAUGAGAGAAGAAUAAAAUUAAAAAAUAGAGGGGCUCUGCUGUUAGGCUGUAUCCUGGGCCCUACCUGUCUUUUUUAUUUUGUUUUUUACAAAAAGGGGAAAUAAUUUGAAUGGAGAUAUAUAUAAAUGGUCAAAACAUACAUGGGAAAAAUGUUUGACACCAAUAUUAGCCAGAGAAGCACAAAUUAAAACCAUAGUGCAGUACCAGUUUGUGUCCAGUUGGGCGGCUUAAAAUGGUUAGAUAAGGAGAGUGUUAGCAAAGAUGUGGAACACUAGAAUUCUUGUAGGGUGCUGCUGAGGCAGGGUUAGGCUGCAGUUGCUCUCAGCCUGGCUGUUCUCCCAAAGGCUAAACGGAAUCCCCACACCAAACAGCAACCCCAGUCCUGGGCACAUCUCAAGAGAAAAUAUGUCUCAAUAUGUCUCCCAAGAUGUGAACACAUUUCCCACAACGGCGUUGCUCACAGGAGCCAUGAUGUUCAUCUGGUGAUAUGAAAGGGCAGGUGUGGUAUAUUCAUACACCUGAAAAUUGUCCAGCAGUAAAAUGGGAUUUUGGCAGGGUGAUGGCGCAUGCCUUUGAUUGAAGCACUCAGGAGGUGGAAGCAGGUGGAUCUCUGUGAGUUCAAGGCCUACAGAGUGAGUUCUAGGACAGCCAGGGCUACACAGAGAAUCCUUGUCUCAAAAAGCAAAGAAGGAAGGAAGGAAGAAGAGAGAAAGAAAGAAAGAAAGAAAGAAAGAAAGAAAGAAAGAAAGAAAGAAAGAAAAUGUUGAUUUGUGAGACAGCAUGGGUGAACCAUGAAAACAUGAUGCUAGGAAAGAAGCCAGUCAAGAAGGACCCCAGAUCGUAAGUAUUUAGAAGAAACAAAUCCAUAGAAAUUAGUGUCUUCUGUAUCGUAGAUUGGUGAGUGUGUUCAGGUGCAGAGUGAUGGACAAGAGACACAGUGGUCCAUUUUAAGGUGAUGAAAUCUUGUAAAUUGAUUGUGAUGAUCAUUACACAACUCUAAAGUCAUCAAAGGUACUUAUGUUGUUGAAAAGGCUUUAUGGUGUGUGAAUCAUAGUUUUUUUGGUUUUUAGAGUAUUUGUAAUUCAACAAAGCUUAAAAAAAAAAACUAAUCACAGAUCAAACCUACUUGUCAGCUGAUCUACACUGUCCUGGAUCAGACAUGCCUGUAUAUAGGACAUAGGGGACAGGAAUGUCAGGGGAUGCCUGAAGUACAGAAAUGGAUGUAUGCUUGCGUGCUCUCACGGCUGUGACAGUGUCAGCUAGCCUGGUGCUGUCCAGCAUGGUGGCCCGUAGCCACACAUGAUCACUGAGCCACUGAAAUGUGGGUGGCCCAACCGAGAUGAAAGAACACACACCAGACUUUGAAGAAUUAAUUAAAACACUCGCAUCCUAAUUGAUAAUGUUUUGUAUUAGAUAUACUUUUUUAAUAUUAUAAAAUAUAAAAUAUAGUUUUAAUACUUUUACAAACUUAAAAAGCCACAUUCUCUGAGAGCCAAGGUUUCCCCAGGAGGGGCGGCUGUAUUGAUACAUGGGUAUGCUUCAUUACAAAUUCAUGUUCGUCAAGGGUUAUCCAUUGGAUAAUGGGAGAAGAGAAUAGGGCAGAGGGUGGAGGGAAGUGGGAUGCUAAGACGGCGAUGUGCUGUGCCUGGUGUCCCACUUAACUCCCCUUCUUCAGCAGCUUUCUUUUGAAACACAAUGCCUUCUCUCCUCUGGCAAUUUGGUGCAUGUGUGCAAUGUACGUUGAUCAUACAUUUGAGCAUAUCUACUCCAACUCCCCCAUCACUCUCCCAGGUACCCCAACACAUCGCUUCAGGCUUCAUGUCCAAUCUGCACCCCCCCCCCAAACACCUUUACUGCUGCCGGCUGGAAUGCUGAGUUACGUGGUUGCUCGGCUUUGUGCAGAUUUUGUGCAAGCAAACAUAGCUGCAGUGAGUUCGCAAGUGCUGUGGUCACGCCACGCCCCGAAGCCAGCAUUCCAAUCAUCUUCUCAUCCUCCAGCUCUUACACCCUUCAUGCUUCGCCAUCCACACUGUUCUCUGAGCCUCGGGUGAGGGUUGAUGUAGAUGUCCCUUUUAGGGUCCUUUUUAGGGCUGAACACCCAGUGGUCACCUCUUCUCAGCACUUCGACAAAUUAGGAGUCUCUUCACGAAGUGAUGACCACUGCAGAGAGAGGCUUCUCUGGCCAAGGCUGAAGGUUCUGCUAUCUGUGCGAAUAAACACUAACAGUUGAAGGCAGUUUGUGUGUCCACUGAACACGACACCAGUGGUGAGUUCCCCCUCCAGGGCGUAUAAGCGCCUUGUUCACGGUCGUCUGAACGCAAAAACAGAGUAUGCUUUUUCCUAUGCCCACGUUAGCUCCCAGAUAAUGACAUGGGGACCUAUUCCUUUAUUAAUAAAAUUUAGGGCACUGUAGCUGGGCAGAUGCUCAUCUAUUCUAACCCAUCUGUGCUGGUCUGGACUCAUUCCCAGCCACAGGCCCCGUCACUUGUCAUGAAGUCUCACCCUGGCUGUUCCUGCUCCAUCCGUGUCCUCAUGGUGACCUUCUCAUGGUGACCUCCUCGUCUUUCUUCUUCUUCACCUGUGACCUUCCUCCUGGGACUCAGAAGUCCUGCCUUAACUCUCCUGCCCAGCUAUUGGCUAUUCGGCUCUUCAUCAACCAAUCAGAGAUGAUGGAGAACAAUUUUUACACAACAUGGAGACAGGAGAAUCUUCAAUAGCAGUGGCAAUGCCCACCCAGCUCUCUGUGCACAGAAAUCAGCAUCUGGAUACACAGUGCACAAGACCACCCCCACCAUUGACCAGGUCUACGUACAAGGUGCUGGGAAGGACAGACCUGGCUCAAGGUGGUUGGUUACCUCCUAAGAUCUGUGCCACUAUUGCAAUGGUGCGCAUAUUCUUAGGCAUUUCUUUACAUCUGGGAUCACAAAGUCUGUGCCUCUGAGAGCUGUGACAGAUGUUCUUGCUUGCUAGCCUGACUACAUCUGGGAUUAACUAAAAACCCAAGCUGCUAUGGGGUGUUUUUAGUUAAUUGAAUCUUUUGAGGUAGGGAGACACACAUCCAAUCAUUUGAAAUCAGAAGACCCCCCUAAAUCUGGGCCACGCCUUGUGGCAGCCUGUCUUAGGAACAAGGACGAAGAUUCUGCUUUCUGCCUGUUUGUCUUCUCUGUUUGUCCAUUUCUCACCAUUACUAGAGCCCACUUCUUCAAGAUCCCGACGUACACUGAAGACCAGCUGAGACAUCCAGCCUCCUGGACUGAACAGCUGGUGGAGACCUGGACUUCCCACUGUAGACAGCCAUUGUCGAACCAGCAGGACCACAGCCUGUCUCAUGGAUUAUCUUUUCUCUUAAAGAGCAAAACUCUGCUCUUGUCUCCCUCCCCCGCAGACUUCCACUUCUCACUAGACAGUGAGCUGAUCAAAAGACCAGAGGAGAAGCAAAGCUGGCUGGACACAUAGGAACUGCAUAGCCAGUGCCUCACAGCCACUGUGGUAGCAGGUUGGAUUCAGGCAAUACUGACCUACAAGUUAGAAAAACCAUUAGUGGGACAGCAGUGAGACUACUGUCAUAAAAUACAGGACCAGAAAUAUAUGUCUCUAUUUGAGUAUAACUCUGAGAAUUAGUUUCUUAGGCCAUUCUACAAGAAAGCAAGAAAGAAAGGAAGAAAGAAAGAAAGAAAGAAAGAAAGAAAGAAAGAAAGAAAGAAAGAAAGAAAGAAAAGAAAAGAGAAAGAAAGAAAGAAAGAAAGAAAAGAAAAGAGAAAGAAAGAAAGAAAAAAUAAAGAGAGAAAGAGAGAAAGAGAGAGAGAGAGAGAAAGGGAAAAAAAUGGGCUUUAAGCUUUCUAUGUGAUGUAAUUUCAGUAAUUAACAAUAGGUGGCAGUAAAGAGCCCUCUCUUUCAAUGCUGAAAGCAGUUACCAGUUAAAUGUUCUAGGAAGUGCUUGAAUUUCUCACUGCGGGACAGGCAGGUUGUCUAAUGAAGGGUUCAGGAGAGCCGGACGGUGCUGUGGCCCACAUACAGCUGAGUGUGCCAACCAAGCGUCCACAUGUUGGGAUGUAAUACCCUCUUCAAGGCAUGAAGAGAGAGGGAGCUCAGUCUAAUACGGCACUCAGAGGUGGUCCUAUGCGAGGAAGCUGGGAUUGGAGCCUGUCAGAUCCGCAGUAGAAGCCCAUGCUUAAGUGCUGAUGGCUUAAUAAAAGAGUGACAGAACACAUGUGUGUGUCUUCAUCUCUUGCCCAGAGAUGCCCUGUGCUGAGCUGGGCGUCUGCCAUCACGUCAGCACCAGAUGUGGCCCCUUGGCUGAGGAGCAGAACUGACCUGUACCCAUGUGGAGAUACUCUGAAGAACAGCAGCCUCCGGAAUGUCUAUACAAUGACUAAAGCAAAUGCUAUCAUUUUCUAUUGUUUCACUGUCUUAGGACUGAUACUUACCAAAAUGCAGUUGUCUGAUGAGAGUGAGCUUAUCAUUAAGAGGCCAAAAGCAAACCUCACCAGUGUGCCCAAGGACCUACCCUUAAAAACAGCUAUUUUAGAUCUAUCACAAAACAAUAUAACUGAGCUCCAGACUUCUGACAUCUUCUCGUUGUCCAAACUGAGGGUCCUGAUAAUGUCCCACAACAAACUCCAGUCUCUUGACAUCAGUGUUUUCAAGUUCAACACAGACCUGGAAUAUCUGGAUUUGUCCCACAAUGAGUUAAGGGUCAUCUCUUGCCAACCAACAGCCAACCUCAAGCACUUAGACCUCUCCUUCAAUGCAUUUGACGCCCUGCCCAUAUGCAAAGAGUUUGGCAACAUGUCCCAGCUAGAAUUUCUGGGACUGAGUGGUUCCAAGAUACAAAAUUCAAGCGUGCAGCUGAUUGCUCAUCUGAACAUCAGGAAGGUUUUGCUGGUUAUAGGAGACACUUAUGGGGAAAGGGAAGACCUCGAGUGUCUCCAGCACAUUAGUGCGGAGACUCUGCAUAUUGUUUUCCCUGCGAAAAGAGAAUUCCGCUUUGUUCUGGACAUGCCGGUCAGCACGACGGUGAGUUUGGAGCUGUCUAACAUCAGGUGUGUGCACGAGGACAGAGACUGCUCUUACCUCUUGGCUGCUUUGUCGAAGCUUCAACGGAAUCUGAAGCUCUCAGACAUUACCCUCAGCAGUGUUGAAACAACGUGGGAUUCCUUCAUUAAGACCCUGCAGCUAGCCUGGGAGCUCCCCAUUGAGCGUCUCUCAGUUUCACACCUGAAGCUACAAGGUCAGCUCAACUUCAGGAACUUCAGUUAUCUGGACACUUCUCUGAAGGCUUUGUCAAUACGUCAUGUUGUCAGCGAUGUGUUCAACUUGCCACAGGGUUACAUAUACAGUAUCUUUUCCAAUAUGAACAUCCCAAACCUCACAGUGUCUGGGACACGCAUGCUCCACAUGCUUUGCCCAGCCCAGGUUAGUCCGUUCCUGCAUUUGGACUUUACAGACAACCUUUUAACAGACAUAGUUUUUAAAGAUUGUGGAAACUUAACUGAAUUGAAAACACUUAGUUUGCAAAGGAAUCAGUUAAAAAAUCUUGAUAAUAUAAUUCUCAUGUCUCAGAAGAUGAUAUCGCUACAAAAACUAGACAUUAGCCAAAACUCUCUAAGGUACAGUGAUAGGAGCCAAUGCUCCUGGACUAAGAGUUUGUUAGUUUUAAAUUUGUCUUCAAAUAUGCUUACUGACUCUGUUUUCAGAUGCUUACCUCCUAAGGUCAAGGUCCUUGACCUUCACAAUAACAGAAUUACAAGCAUUCCUCACAAAAUCACUAAACUGGAAGCUUUGCAGGAACUCAAUGUAGCAGCCAAUUCUUUAACUGACCUUCCUGGAUGCGAGGCCUUCAGCAGCCUUUCUGUGCUGGUCAUUGACCAUAAUUCAGUGUUCCACCCCUCAGCAGAGUUCUUCCAGAGCUGUCAGAAUAUUCAGUCCAUAAGAGCAGGGAACAAUCCAUUCCAGUGUACAUGUGAGCUGAGAGAGUUUGUCAAAAGCCUAGGCCAAAUACCAAGCGCAGUGGUGGAGGGUUGGCCUGGCUCUUACACCUGCGACUACCCAGAAAGCACUAAGGGAACACCACUGCAGGACUUCCGUGUGUCUCCACUGUCCUGUGAUACCGUUCUGCUGACCGUCACUGUCGGGGCCAGCGUGCUGGUGUUGGCCGCCACCGUGGCCUUCCUCUGCCUCUACUUUGACCUCCCCUGGUACCUCAGGAUGCUGUGUCAGUGGACACAGACCCGGCGCAGGGCCAGGAACACCCCCUUAGAGGAACUCCAGAGGGAUCUCCGGUUCCACGCUUUUGUCUCAUACAGCGAGCAUGAUUCUGCCUGGGUGAAGAAUGAAUUGCUGCCAAACCUAGAGAAAGAUGACAUACGGGUUUGCCUCCAUGAGAGAAACUUUGUCCCUGGCAAGAGCAUUGUGGAGAAUAUCAUCCAUUCCAUCGAGAAGAGCUACAAGUCUGUUUUUGUGCUGUCUCCGCACUUCAUCCAGAGCGAGUGGUGCCACUAUGAGCUCUACUUUGCCCAUCACAGUCUCUUCCACAAAGGGUCUGAUAACUUAAUCCUGAUCUUGCUGGAACCCAUCCCACAGUACUCCAUCCCCACUAACUACCACAAGCUGCGGGCUCUCAUGGCGCGGAGGACUUACUUGGAAUGGCCUGUGGAGAAGAGCAAACGUGGACUGUUUUGGGCCAACCUAAGAGCGGCCAUUAAUGUCAAGCUGGUUAGCCCGGCAGAAGCGGCAUGUCACACACAGUGAUCUGGAUGUGAAUCAUGUCUGCCUGUGUGAUGUCAUGCUGCCUGCCGUGCUGAUAAUGGACUAAACCUCUGAAACUGUAACUAAGCAC